AGCCAGCUCUCCUACCUUCAAGAGUACCUCUACCCAGCUCUCUUUACAGAAGGCUUAAAACCUCUACCUUGUGGAAUACCUCUACCUAGCUCUCUUUACAGGGCACCCAGUCACCUCGAGCUUGUGCUUGUCUCUGCUGCUUUUUUGGUCGGUUGUUCUCUACUAUCAUAAUAUCUGACAAAUAGUUGUCGGACUCGGACCUGCAAUUGUGGCAGGAGUUUAAUUAUUUACCGCCAAGUAGCCAUUUUGGCUCAAGGGCUCUAGUACCGGCUUGAUUGCGACGGAAAAAACUCACGAAAAUCCUCGAACUACAGUAAAGCAAGUGCUGCAUACUUGUCGAGACUAACGUCGUCCAUUAUGCGAAUUGUUAUUGUAAUUAUUCGAUGCUGGACCCGGUCUGGGCUUGCGUUCGUCGGAGAUUUAUUCAGCGUCGACGGCCUCUCGGCGGAGCAGUGGCGGGACCACCGGGUCAAGGAUGAAGAAGAUUUAUCUAAGCUCAUCAAGCCGCUCCCGGUGCCGAGAAAAGAGCAGCAUGAAGCCGUCGGAGCUCUGUUGGAAGAUCAGGAACAGGGCGGCGAGACACGUCCACCACGGUCUACCCAUGAGCCGUGGCUUCUCGGGAGCGCGUAUGCUGAGGGGGUCUACGUUUCCGCAGAGAUGCUAGCGCCUUUCGACGCUGAUCAAGCUGAUCGUGACGCCGAGCAUGGAGCCAACAACUGCCUGCAUCACGACGGGAAAGUCUGUAAGAGCCACGCCAUCGCAAACCCGUGGCUGCAAAUUCAAUCGGCUCAAGAGUUGCCCAUCUUCCGUGUGAGUGUUCGUGCACCGCAUGUUCCGCAAGAGGACGAGGGGGAGUUGCAUUCGCGGGAGUUGCAUUCGCUGGUGUCGCAGCGUCUAGGCCCUGACGGCGAGACGAUUGAGUGCGGUGUGCGGGUCGGCGUGCAUUCCUCCAACGGAGAGAGUGAGACCACAUUGGGCGGCGAGACCCGCAUGAAGCCGCCGUGUCACGAGGAGUUUCCCGGGUUGGCCUGCGAGGCAGCGUACAUGUGUCACCCCGCAGGACGACCGGAAACCGAGCUGGGCGUCAAGCAGGACCUCCACCAGGACGGGCUCGAGGAGGUAAUGGACUUUGACUGUCCGGCCAACACCAAGGGGAACUAUGUGUUUGUGCAGCUGCAGUCAGAGGGGUGCGGGAUGACGGAGGUGCUGGAUGUGCCGGACCCUAAGAGUCCCGACAACAAGAUGAUUCAAACACACGGUGUGCAGCGGCGUCUGGAAGUUCUUCGCGUAGACGUGUUCCGGCCCGCUCCGGCCCCGGAAGCAGCUUGUUCGCCCGAACUAGCGCUCUGCGUCGACGCAGAGGGGGUUCCUGUGGACGGGGUGUCCUGCAUGACUGCGAGAAAAUUCUUACCCCCGGAGGGUCAAGCCGGAGACGAAAUGAGCGGAGAGGUUUACGCCUGCUGGCAGAGCACUAGCGAGUGUAAUGAGUUUGCGAACGCGCACCACGAGCACAACGCUCCUGAGCCGGGGAUUGAAGCAGGGGGUGCAUCUGCUGGACACACACUCGAGAUCUCUCAUUGCGCUGCGCACAAGCAGCCGAAGUGCGCAGCAGCCACGGAGGGGGACGCGCAUGAAAAGUACGCCUGCCCUUUCGAGGACGGGGAGUGUUACAUGAUCACUGGGGGCGUUAGCGGACACUCCACCAAAGACGAGCGGUUUUGUUUCAAGUCGGAGCCUCGGAUCGGCUCGGGCAACAUGGCGCUCGCCCCAUGUGAGGCCUAUUCGUCCUACUUCUACGCACACGGGGCUGACAACAAGGAACCACUGGAAUGCCGAAAGCUAGAGAGAGCUGCUACGCUGGACGACGGUGGCGCAUUCAUGGAAACUACGAAAACAGAGGGCAAUAAGAAACUCGAGCCGC